UCGGCUUCUACUCGCAUUCCAUCGCUGUAACAACUGUCACUCUAUCUUCUCUCUCUCUGUUCCUUCUUUUUUCCUCUUGCCUUUCUCCCUUCUCUCUCCUCUUCUACUCCUCCUCCCUUCCACUUCCCCUUUUAAACUCCCCCCAUUGACGGCUUCGGGGCUGUCAGGCACCGCCCCAAACAUCACAUCACCACCUCCUCACCUUUCCCCGCGGCCAACUGUCCUCCAGCUGUCCGCUUGCGCAGGGUCCUGUCUCAUUUUGUUUCAAGAUUCCCUGAAGCCUAGCCUAAACCUUCUUGCUCCCCUUCUCUAUGCAGCCGCGGUAGUUCCCUUUAUCUUCAUCCAGUUCCCAGCUCGCUUCCUCUUCUCCUCCUCCUCCUCCUCCUCCUCCUCCUUCUCCCCGGACUGGGCUCACCGACUCCUCUCUACUAUUUCUCCUCACCAUGUCCUCUGCCCAUCAUCCCAAUCAAUCUUACCAGAGUCAUGCUGCUCAUCAUCGGCCCGUCGCGUCAUUCAACCCGGUCGCCGCCGUAACGGCCCCCGCGGGCACGCUUCUUCCCGGCACCAAGGUUCAGGUUGGCAGUCAUCGUGUUGUGGUCGAGAAAUAUCUCUCCGAGGGUGGGUUUGCACACGUGUACGUUGUGCGCCUCCCCCAGGCUGUAGAUGGAUCCGAUCGGGCGGUCUUGAAGCGGGUAGCGGUUCCCGACAAGUCUGCGCUCGCAAACAUGCGGACCGAGGUAGAGACCAUGAAGAAGCUCAAAGGCCACCGUCACAUCGUCAAGUACAUCGAUUCCCAUGCCUCCCAACUUCAGGGAGUGGGAUAUGAAGUGUUUUUACUCAUGGAAUAUUGCUCGGGUGGAGGCUUGAUAGACUUCAUGAACACCCGAUUACAAAAUCGUCUCACGGAGCCGGAGAUUAUCAAGAUCUUCUCGGAUGUGGCCGAGGGGGUCGCGUGCAUGCACUACCUCAAACCUCCCCUGCUGCAUCGGGAUCUUAAAGUCGAGAAUGUGCUUAUUUCUCGCCAUGGAAGCUCCGUUCUAUACAAGCUCUGUGAUUUUGGGUCCACUGCACCUCCUCGUCCCGCGGCAACUUCGGCUGCUGAAGGCCGUCUGAUCGAGGACGAUGUCCAACGGCACACCACCCUCCAAUACCGAAGUCCGGAGAUGAUUGAUGUCUAUCGCAAGCAGCCGAUUGACGAGAAGAGCGAUAUCUGGGCGCUGGGGGUUCUCCUGUACAAGCUGUGCUAUUACACGACUCCGUUCGAAGAGGUAGGGCAAAUGGCCAUUUUGAAUGCCUCUUUCAAGUUUCCGUCUUACCCCCCUUUUUCGGAUCGCCUCAAAGUGUUUAUUGCGUCGAUGCUCAAGGAAAGUCCGCAAAAGCGUCCUAAUAUUUACCUAGUCCUGCGCGAGGCCUGCCAGAUGCAAGGGAAAGAAGUUCCCAUUCAUGAUAUCUAUGCCAAUCGAUCUACCUCCGAAGCACGCCGACACCAGGAACUCCCCCCUUCUCCAGUGGAAGCGCCGCAGUUGGGAGCGGUAUUUUCGCCGCCAAUUCAAGAAACACAAAUCAUCCCAGAGAUCGCUCCGAUGCGUCGCGGGCGACCAACCAAGCCAGACAGCUCCCAGCACAACUCUGCACGACCAAGUCCUUCACCGUUCCGAGGUUCUUCUACAGAUCCAUUCGCUGUGCUGGACGGUGGCUCCAAGUCUCGCAACUCGGCAGAUGAAUUUUCCGAUAGAUUUCCGUCCCUUGCUCAGUUUAAUAUUUUGCAUGAGAAGCGAGGAAAGUUCGAGUUUGAACCUACUGUCACAGAGAACAAGGGCGAUGACGAUGAUCUUGCUCAAAGGCUGACCAACGCCUUGGCUGACGAUGCGUUUGUCAAGCACCCGUCACCCCCUGAGGAGCCAGUAUCGGAACCAGCAAUGAGCAGACGCCGGCAACCUUCUCCCCCGACGGCCAAGUCUGGGGAAGCGCCUAAUAAUCACUAUCACGAUGAGUCUUCUCGACCACCCCAGGCACCUUUAUAUCAACCGGUUCCCCAGAAGCCUACCAUGGUCUCUACUGGCACGAUGACGUCACCGCCUUCAACUCCGGGUCUCGAGAUGAAACCAUCCAGUCGACCGAUUUAUAGGUUCCCAUCCUCGGAUCAGCCCCCCCAAACCGCCGCCGAUAGUGAGAAGAGAAGAUCCCGACACGGAACAGUCCCUUCGCCGAAUGCGUCCGCUUCUAAGCUGGAAGUUGACCCCAGGAUCUCAUCAGAUAGACUCUCGAAUGUGUCAGCAUCUUCCCGACCAUCUCUGGAAGCCCUCCGGCCAUCGCAUUUGGACAUUGACGAUUAUACACAUAGAUCCAAGUCUGCCAACAGCAAAAGCCGUCCAGUAUCCGUCCAUGGGGCCUCCAAGUUCGACCUUCCACGCCAUUCCGAAAGUGCACGAUCGUCCCUGGAUCUGCCGAGGGCCCCAUAUGAAGGCGGAGCACCGCUGCAGCACGCCAGAACCGAGGUGGACUAUGACCGGAACAACAUUUCAUCGGACGUAGAUUAUCUACGGGCCAAGGAAGAGGAAACGAAUCGGAAGCGAGAGAAACGGUACAGCGGGAGCUCGAAACACAUCAAGCGCUCCAGCCUUUCUACGUUGUCUCUGUCAGGCACUAAGAAUCUGUUCGCUGGUCGGUUUGGGGAUGCCUUCCGCCGCUUUGAGAGCAACCAAGAUAGCAAGGCUCAGUCCCCCGCUGCAGAAGAGUUUCCUCGACCUUUUUUGCCUCCGGUUCCUGGAUCUGAGUCAGCUGGGGUGGCCGUGGCGGAGUCUCCGGAUGAUGACGAUGAUGAUUUUUCACCCGAAAUGCGACGAGAGCUGGAGCGCCGGCGUCUCUCUCAGGAAGAGAAACGCGUCGCCAAUGCUGCAGCAGAAUAUCGUCGUCGUGUCACCGAGAGAGGAGAAGGAGGGCGACGACCCGCAGCUGAUGGACCCCGCUCGCUUGCGAUUCAGAACAAGGUGCAAUCUCUCCUAGGGGAAGCCACGCGACCCCCACCUCCAAAAACAGCCACGGGGUAUGGACGGUUUACCGAUGCCUCCGAGUCCGCUUUGCAGGCAAAGCAACCGGAAAUCCCGUCGUCUUCGCGGCCCAACAUGCGCACCACGGCGGGCGGACCCCCGCCUCCCCCACCGAAGGAUCGAUGGGAUGCGCCUUCCAGUUUACCCAAGCAGGAACCCUCCUUCACAGGGUACGCUUCGACGAAUCGUACGGGCCCGCGGCCGGCCGCACCGCCGAAACCCCAAAGCCUCCGAUCCGGGGCCACUGGCGCGGAUGCACCCGGUCCAGCCAGCCUUGAGCGAACUUCGUCGAUGCAACCAACACCCACAACUCCCGGCGAGGACUGGGAGGCGAACUUCAGCCGACGAUUCCCUAGUCUUUCGGGAUUGGAGAUGGUAGAGACGGAGAUUGAGAUCCCCAAGUUCCCUAGCGUGCGGACCAAGGAGGUGUAAUUUCCCGCAACAAUAUCAUUCAUUGUCCCUUUUAGCCACUCAUACACUUCUUCUUCUUCUUCUUCUUCUUCUUCUUGUUGUUUUUUAAUCAAGUUAUUCAGACAUCAGACAUUAGCCACUUAAUGCUGGAGUGGAAUUGCAUAUGUGCGUUUUCAGCAAUCGACCAGAUGAUAUUAUCUGUUGUGUCUGGCUAUGGCGCGAUCGUCGAUAAGACUCUUGUCACGGCUUAAUAUUGAGAGUGCGAUAUACAUAUCUGCAUAUGUACCUAUUAUAUAUAUAUUGAAUACUAGACGAAAUAAUAAUCCAGC